AGUCCUAAGAGAAGAAGGGUCGAGCGACCGACAAGGCUGAACUAUGUGCCGUUUUUGACGCUGAGAGGGCAUAAGCGAGGCGUGGCAUCAGUCAAGUUCUCACCCGAUGGGAAGUGGAUCGCGAGUUGCUCGGCGGACGGCACGAUCAAAAUAUGGGAUGCGCGCACAGGAUCACUCUCGCAGACGCUGGAAGGACACUUGGCAGGUAUCUCCACCAUUGCCUGGAGUCCAGACUCGAAAGUGAUCGCAUCUGGCUCCGACGAUAAAAUCAUCCGACUCUGGGACAUCGCGACUGGCAAAAGCUUGCCUAACCCGCUAGCUGGACACCAUAACUAUGUCCACUCGAUUGCAUUCUCCCCCAAAGGCAACAUGCUUGUCUCUGGCUCAUACGAUGAGGCUGUCUUCCUCUGGGACGUGCGCACGGCGAGGCUUAUGAGAAGCUUGCCUGCUCACUCAGACCCUGUGUCAAGCGUGGAUGUGGUGAGAGAUGGCACGCUGGUAGCCUCGUGCUCGAGCGAUGGCCUGAUUCGAAUAUGGGACACCGGUACUGGGCAAUGUCUGAAGACACUCGUCCAUGAAGACCGAGCGCCUGUAACCAACGUCAAGUUCUCGCCAAACGGCAGGUACGUCUUGGCUGCCACCCUUGAUAACUCUUUGCGACUCUGGGACUACGUCGAUGGCACAUGCAAGAAAACCUAUCAAGGUCACAAGAACGAGAAGUUCAGUAUGCAGGCAUGCUUCGGCGUGUAUACUGAACAGCCAUAUUUCGCACCGACCCAGGACGGUGGAGCUAAUGGCACGCCUGAAGAUGAACCUAGAUGGGCCUUCAUCGCGUGCGGUAGCGAGGACGGCAGGGUUGUCCUGUGGGAU